AUGUCUAAACACGACCCGACAUCGGCUGCACCCCCGCAAGCUCCGAGGCAGUUCCUUGAUCGCAUCCGGCUCACCACCCCCGCGAAGCUCAAUCAUAGCUCCCAACGACCUUCCCACUCCCGCGACUCGUCCAACUUAUCCUACUUUGAACCUGGAACCUCCGCCCUUCCAAACACAUACGCGAGUAAAUCAGCCUCCAGCCCUCGUGCUUCAGCCCCUGGUCCUGCUGCCGGCGCUAAGCCCCGCCGACCACGGCAGAAACGUGCGUCAGCUGAUCAGGGGCGUGACCGCUUGGCCGUAGAUCUGGCUAUUGCAGCAAGUUUGUCCGAGAUCGAGAUGCAGCGCAAACGCGUGAGUCAGGGGUGCAAGCUCUCGGUGCCCAACUGCUGCAACGAACGCUGACGUGCUGCGUGGUGUCGCCGACGAUCGGAUCAGGCCGAGCGAGAAGAGGCCGAGCUUUGUCAAGCGCUUCUCGAAUCCGCUGUUCUCGCUCGAUCAGCUGCCGACCCGCUUUCCACAGGUCAAGACUCGUCUUUGACCGCACAGGCUGUCUUGGCACCAUCGCCUGUACUUUUGAGUCCCCACGAGCAAGGCACCCAUGCGGCGACGGGGCAGCGAGGAGGCGAGGCCGUCAUCCGAAAACCGACUCCUUCAGAGGAGUGGCUUUCGUAUGCUCGACUGAGGAAAGACGUUGCGCUCUGGCUUGAAGGUGGACCGCCUGAACAACCUAAUACCAACACAACCAUCGCGAACAAGAUGGACGACGACUAUGAAAGAGAGAUGCUCGAACUUGCGAUGCGGAUCUCGCUCGAGGAAGCGGCCCAACUCAAACGUGGUCGUCAAGCACUUUCAACCUCCGCUAGUGGGACCUCAGCUGGUCUCGAGCCAUCUCCAAAUCCCAUUGUUCAACCUCAAGCCAGUUCACAGGAGGAGCAUACCCAAGCCAUCAAGCCGUGGAGAAAGUCCGUCCCGACUUCAAUUUUUCUCGAAGACUUGGUACCGCUUGGCCGACCGCGAAGCUCGUCGGAACCGGCUACUCCUUCUCGAGACCUGCACUCUCCGACUUCGCACAGACUUAGGGACUCCCCCGUCUUGAAUCAAUUCACGCCUUCCAUCCUAGUCGACAAAGGCAAGCAGGUCGAUCGUUCGUAUGAGGUGCUGGACGAACAAGCAUGGAUGGGUGGCGAGCUUGGGCGACCCUACCUGUCCGUCGACAGCCCUCACGAGCUGGCGGUCUUUACAUCUCCUACCGCUUCGGCUCCGGAUCGUUUGACACCCCAAGCCGGACCUUCCUCGAGAGUGAUGGGUUGUCCUUCGGCCGGACAAAUUCGUACUGCCGAAGCUUCGGUAGCUCUUCAGCCGACGAUAUGUGACGCACCAAGUUUAUCGAGCGACUCCGUUUCCAUUGAAUUCCUCUCACCCGCAUCAGAGAUCCCAUUUGAUCCUCUCGAAGCUUUGACGGUGGAAGCUGCUCAGCCUCUCUUGUCAGCCGACGACGGGGCCGGCCUCGAGGAACCCCUGUCUCAGUUCAACGGUCGCCCUUUGUCGCACGUCUCGGAGCAGUCCGAGCCCGAGAGUGAGGACACAGGUGGACAAUCCCGCCUUAGCUUGAGGGGUAUCGUGCCGCUAUCUCCAUCAGUCAAACCCCUCGAGCCUGACACUGCUCUUCGAAACCCUUCCUCGUGUAUACCGCCGAGUAAGGAUCGGCCAUCCCCACGCAAGACGGUCACGUUCAAGGAGGCACGGUCGAUGAGCUCGACUGCUCAAGCGUCAAUAGAUGCUCCCGCUAUGAAAUCAGAACCCAAGCGGCCCACCAUCGCCGCCUUGGUGGGUUCAUCGCUCACUGCUUACGCCGCUUUGGCCGCAUCGAUCGUUUCGCCGCAGCAAUUGACCCCGCCUCGCACGACCCAGCCCGAUCUUGGUACGACCCCGAUAGGGGCAGCAGAGGAGCCCAGUCUUGAUGAGGUCACCUUUGGUUACCUCACCUCCGCUCCGGGCUCUCUCGCGGUCGAAUCCGUCACCGUGGAUGCACCUUUCCACCAGAAAUCCAGUGGCGCGUUCCCGGAAGAAAUCAAGCUGUCGGCGAUCACGCCCAAUCGGAGAAGCUUCGCGAUCGAAACGAGCAGGUGGUCAACUCUACUCAAGUUCAUGAUGGUGUGAGUGUAUUCAUUGCACAUCUCAUCCCUUCGUCCACUGAGACAUGUCACCUUUACAUUCUUUAGGCAAGGUGACGUGAAAUUAUCGACGACCUCCGCCGAUCAGAUGGCUCAUGAUAAUCCAGCCGAGUGCGGUGUGACCUUGACUUUUCGGACAACGGAAUCAGGGCAAUUCGUUCUCCGGCUCGUCAUCGUGCUCAUUUCGAUCGACCAUUCAAUCGUUUUCGGCCAAGCCCACGAACUCAACAUCGUCACCCACCUAACCUACAACCCCGACUCGACCCGUCCAACCCAACCCAAAUCCAAAACUCAAGUCGCACCAACAAGCUUCUUCCUCCCCGAACCUCAACUCUUACCCACUCGCAUGUCGACAUUUUCCAUCUCGCUCUUCAUGCUUCGUCAUCUAGCUCAUAUCGCACAUUCGACUCAACCCGCCAAGGACGCCUCGGCUUCUUACUACGCUUUGCGCAGCCUCGCUGCUGCGAUCCAAGCGACCCCAGCACAGGCGACACAGAUUGACAUUUCAACCAAGGCGGGUUUGAACAAAUUUGAGGAAGAAGACCUCCUCAGUCGAAUGAGGGAUCGUUUGCGCAAAUUGAAGAAGAGCCCCUGUCCACUUAA